UAAACGAACAAAAUUUGAAGGAAAAACGAUACUUCUCCUUGGGCUUAUUCUACGGCUCUCCAUCUUCUCUUCUCCUUCUCCUUUGGUGCGCCUGUAUUCGAUUUUCUUUUUACUGCCGUAUUAGCGGUCCUGGUAAGCUUGUAAGCCAUGGACGGGCAAGAUGACGGAGCUAUCCGCGACGUAGAACCUGUCGAUGUCAGAUCUGCUGACCACGUUGGAAAUGGCAGGUCUCAACCUCACACUGGUGACGGCGCGAGUCCAGGAAAAAUUUUUAUUGGAGGUUUAGCAAGAGAAACAACUUCAGCUCAAUUUGUCAAGUAUUUUGGAGAGUAUGGGGAAAUCACGGAUUCUGUGAUAAUGAAGGACUGGAAAACAGGGCACCCUCGUGGAUUUGGGUUUGUGACUUACGCAGAUCCUUCUGUUGUUGAUAUAGUCAUUCAGGAGACACAUAUUAUAAAUGGAAAGCAGGUGGAAAUUAAGCGAACGAUACCCAAGGGAGCUGCUGGCUCUAGAGACAUCAGAACUAGGAAAAUUUUUGUGGGUGGAAUUCCAGCAGCUGUGGGUGAAGAUGAGUUCAGGGACUUCUUUGCACAGUUUGGGGAUGUAAUUGAACACCAAAUCAUGCUAGACCAUGCGACAAAUCGCUCCCGUGGUUUUGGAUUUAUUACAUUUGACACAGAUCAAUCUGUUGAGGAUCUCUUGGAGAAGGGCAAUAGACUAGAGUUUGAUGGAGUGCAGGUGGAGAUCAAGAAGGCAGAGCCCAAGAAGUCCAACCCACCACCUCCCUCAUCCAAGCGUUAUAAUGAUUCUAGGGCUUCUUCUGGCAGUGGGUUCGGGGAUGCCUAUGGUGGGUUUGGAGGUGGUAGUGGCUUCGGUGGUGGGUAUAGGUCUGGCGGGGUUUAUGGAGGUAGAAUGGGUGCUUAUGGGGGAUAUGGCGGAGUUGAAUUAGGUGGAUAUGGAGGAUAUGGUGGCGCUGGCAUGGGGGCUUAUAGGGGAGACCCAUCCCUUGGAUACUUGGGUCGUUAUGGAGGAAGCCUGAGCAGAGGAUAUGAUAUUGGAGGUGGUUUUGGCGGCCCAGGUGAGUAUGAGGGAUAUGGUGCUGGUGCUGGCUAUGGGGGUGGCUAUGGGAGUGGCUAUGAUACUGGCCUUGGUGGUGGCUAUGGAAGUAGCAGUGGUGGGUCAUUCUAUGGAAGUAGAGGGGGAUAUGGUGGUGCAGGAGGAGGUACUGGUCGAUACCACCCUUAUGGGAGGUAGAAGGAGGUUGCAGGGAAUACAGUAUUUCAUGAAAUGUAACAGGGGAGUUAAUUUUGUUCAGUUUGUAUCAUCGACCUUUUAUUUUUCAGGUUGCCUAAUGGAGCUCAUUUUUCUACUGUUGCAUUUAGGAAAUUUGCCAGCCAAUGCCAAAAUGGUUCCUUUUAGUUCACUUGCAAGGUCUCAAAGACCCUGUUGUAUGUAUUUUAUAGGAAUUCCUCUUUGAUGUUGAUGAACUAUAAUCUUACAGUCCUGUGCGGUAAAGUUUAUUUUUUCAAGUAAGUCCUAGCUUAUAAGUGGUGUAAAAUAUGUUAGUUUAUAAGUCGUGAAAUAAGUUAGUUUGUGUAUUUUUCUUUUCUUUGAACUUUUUAGUGGACAUGCUUGGGGAACCACAAUGAACUUUAUUUGUAACAUUUAUGUUGUUAUUGCGAGUGGUAGGAUUUAGGAAGCUAUUUUUCAA